AUGGGUGGAGCAUAUCCGGGCAGUGCUGCUGCUGGUGACCUUGGUGCUGUUGCUACUGGCACUGCUGCUGCAGCUGCUGCGGACGAUGGAGGCAACAAGGAGGAUCACAGGUGGUAUCGGUGGAAGAAGGGGUCCCACAAGUGGCUGGCUGGGAAGCCAGUCAAGAGGAUUUACUACUGGUGUGCCUGCAAGGCUGUAACCGGGUGCAAGGCGCGUAAAGUAGAGGACAGACUUGCCUUGGACAAAACCGCUGCUGCUGGUGAUAGUGGUGGCAAUGGGAACGACGGCGGUUCUGCAGUGUUGAAAGGUGGUGGUGAUGGGUUGACUGCUAUUGGAGGCAGUGAGAAGCAGAGGAAGCAUCUGCCACCUACGGUUUUGGAUUCGGCUUUGGUGAAGCAGCAGCAGCAGCAGCAGCAGCAGCAGCAGUGGCAGUUGCAGCAGCAGCAGUUGCACUCACACGGCCGAACUCUCAGUGGUGUUUCUUCUCCUUCACUUUCCCCAACUCCCCACUCCUCUGUCGAUUCCACUCCUUUUCAUCCCUCUACUGCCCCUCCCUCUCCUCUUCCUCCCAGAUCUGGUACCCUCCCUCCUCCUUCUACACCUCAAGAGCCCCUGGCCAUUUUUGAGGUGCCUCAACAGUCAUCUGGUAUCCUCCUUCCUCCUCCUACAACUCAAGAGCCCUUGGCCAUUCACACAGCAGUGAGCAGCUUCGCCUUACACCCAAGCCAGGCAACAGCAGCAGCAGCAAUUCAGGGUAUUUAUAAGAAUUCUCGAAAGUACCCUGCUCCACACACCAGCCAGGCAGCAGAAGCAGCAGCAGCAAUACAGGCCUUGCUCCGGACGUCUCCUUGCAACCCUCCUCCUCCUCCCACUCAAGACCCCCCUACCACUCGCCCACUCACGAACACCAUCACUCUGCACCAAAGCAGGGCAGCAGCAACCCAAGACUUGCUACGACCCUCCAAUGUGCUACAGCCCUCCGAUGUGCUACAGCAGAGAACGGGUGCUGCCGUUUUUGAGUCAACCCAAGAAGCAACCCAAUCCUUGCGACCUAUGGCUGGCUACAGCCGAGAAGGGGUGUUGCCUGAGGCGCUUCAACAGAGAAAGGCUGCUGUUGCUGCUGUCCAUGCGUUGUUGGGUUCCCAGGGAUACGUUUUUGAAUCGCCUCAAGCACAUAGCAGAGCUGCUGCUGAUGCCGAUGCUGCUGCUGCUGCUGCUGCUGCUUCUGGUGCCAGAGCUGGUACUGACGCCACUGCUGCUUCUCUCCACGCAUUGCUGCAGAGAGCACAGGAAGAAGGAGAAGCAUUGCCCAACCUUGCCACCCACGCACCCAUCUCCAUGCAGACACUCUUGGAACUCCUAUGCACUAAUGCACCCACGCAUGCGCUUUCAAAUCUCCCUGGUAACGACAGCUUGUCUGGACUCACCAUUACCCCGUCUAGCUCUUUCCCCACCAUUUCUUCAUCUCUCCCUGCCUCUCUCCACUCUCCUACAGUUCCUUCCUCUAUCACCUCUCUCAAUUCUUCCCCCUCUCUCCCAGCUUCCCAGCCUACCCCCUCUUUCCCCUCUCUCCCCUCUCUACCUUCUCUCCCUUUGUUCCACUCUCUCCCCUCUCCAUCCUCACAUUGUGCAUCCACGAACGGUUUCGGUGCCUGUAUCGUGAAUCCUCAGAGCACAUCGAGAAAGGUUCUCAGCCCCCUAAACACCUCUGCUGCUGCCUCUGCUGUAACGUGUCCCAACGGGUGGUCAGCAGCAAGGCCAUGUGCGCUCCCUAUGCCGCACAACAACAAUGCAGACGUAUCCAUGCAACCCUCAUGGGCACAGCAGCAGGGAUCAGAUUUCGCCACACAGGGCACAGAGCAGACCAGGCCCAUCCAGAGCCACCCACCUGCUUUUACUGCAGGAGAGGCAGCAGAUGCUGACGGAGUUAGCCUGUCAGAUGCUGACGGAGUUAGCCUGUCAGAUGCUGAGGGAGUUAGCCUGUCAGAUGCUGAGGGAGUUAGCCUGUCAGAUGCUGAGGGAGUUAGCCUGUCAGAUGCUGAGGGAGUUAGCCUGUCAGAUGCUGAGGGAGUUAGCCUGUCAGAUGCUGAGGGAGUUAGCCUGUCAGAUGCCACUCUUGCUGCACUUAUCAGCCAAGGCCCUGCUGCAGCAGCCUCGUUUGGCACAGAAGGGGGGCUUUCCGAUACUACCACUUGGCUGCAGCUAACGAGGCAGGCGAUUCUUGAGACGCCGCCUGGCGAUGGAGAGAUGGGAGAAGUGAGGGGAGGAGAGGUGAGGGGAGAAGUGAGGGGAGGAGAGAUGGUAUGGAGGAGAGGUGAUCUGAGUGGCAACAGCCAGGGGCUGAUAGAUAAUGCAGAGGAAGAAAUUGGCGACGGGGAGUUAGGCUCGGAGAGUGAUGUAGGACUCAUAUUUGAUUCAUUGCAGCAUGAGUUAGACAUGGAGUAA